AUGAUUGAGCCAUCGGAUACAGCGGACCUUGUGGAGUACUCUUUUGGGCAGCUCUACGCAGAGGUCCAAUGCAUCAGGAUCGCUCUGCGUGCUUGGACAGAGGCAGACACCCGAUAUGACAAAGCAAGUGAUGUGGAUGCUUCUCUCGAAUACUGGGACCCUAGUGCGGAGCAUUCCGACCAACCCGGAGCCUGGGUGGUCGCGUAUCUCUUUCGUGGUGUUCGUUCACAUAGUAUCUUCCGUAACGGAGUCCUCCAAAGUCCAAUACCCCCGUGGACUGCACCACUCGGGUUACCCUACUUCAACAGCACUGUUACAGUAGAGUGCUGGACUGGAUGGCCGUGCACGCUCGACAUGUCUGAAUCGAGUCCGACGAUGUUACACGAUGGUGAUAACCUUAUAGCUGUGGAGACGACAGAAGUAUGCGAGACACUUUACGGAGGUGGCUUAUGGGGUGUUCCCGGUGGAGGCAUCAGUCGAGGGGCUCUCAAUGGCAUGUUCGCUUUCGGUGAUGUGGCGAGCGAUCGCGCAACAGAAGCGCGCCUGAGUCAGAGCCCUGGGGUGUAUAAGCUCUGCUGGUGUGAUGGUAGAGCAUCUGAUUGCUCCAGCAUCAAGGAUUUCCGUAUAGAAGCUGGUCGAUUCGCAAUCCUAGGGCCGCAACGGACACAUGAGUUCUAUGCCGCCAUAGGUAGAGCUCUGUGUAUUCCGAGUGUACAAGGCUACGGGCUUCAACACGGAGACUUUCUCGCUGUUAUGUCAACGUGCGGUAUGGUCCAGGGGAUAAGAGGGAUAGGCUCAAUGAGGGCCCAAUGGCAGGGGGUAUCCGAGCCUACUGUGGACGGCAGGGCCUUCUGCUGGGACUCCUCCUCUGUCGUGGCUGCCGUGCCGGGAGUGUACAAUCUGUGUUGGUGCAGUGCGCGUAUGUCUUGCAUGGAGAAGGGUCCUCAACAGUUCCGAGCCCUUGCUGGAAAACUCAGGGUCCACGGUCCUUACCCAGACCAUGACUUUGGUGCGGUUAUUCGGGGUAGGGUGCUGAGUCUGGGUGGACUUACUGGUGUCGGCCUCUCACACGAAGAUCGCCUUGCUAUCAUGUCUGAAUGCGGGGUCGAGUCGACUGUCGGCGGUAUACCAACAGGAGCCGAUAGCAACUCCAGUGUUGUCGGAGCGAGCUCUAUCUCUUCGGACGGAGGAGGCACCUCUUACACGUGGGGUCUUGAGCCAGUCACUGCUACACCCGGUGCAUACUCGGUCUGUUGGUGUGGAGGAACCAACACGACUGGCCUACGAAAUUGCUCCUCAGCAAGGCAUUUCACAGCUCUCGCGGGUACCAUCGAGAUCGUCGGCCCGGAUCCAUCGCAAAAUAGGAGACUCUCCGUGGUCCGUGGGACUAAAGCUAUCAUCUCGAGGGUGUGGGGGAGAGGCCUCAAUAUCAGCGAUGUGUUCGCGGUGCGGAGAUCUGGGGAAUCCUGUUCCAGCCUACCAUCGAGUGGGGUUCCAUGGGAGACUGGCAUUGGCAGGAGAGGCUUAUCCGAGCCCGUCAACUCCGACACUCUCGACAGCACCGAGGCCUUCGUUACCAUUGUCUUCAGUGGACGGGUCUAUAGUCAGCCGGGCCAUUAUCAGCUUUGCUGGUGCAGACCGGUCUCGGGAGUCUCUUGUGAUAGAGAUAGGCCCCAGGAUUUCAGAGCACUCGCUGGGACUAUAACAGUCGUGGGAGCUGAGUCGGGUCAGAUCUUCGUAUGUGCUCGAGGAGAGACCCCCUGCAGCAUCGCUAACUUCAAAGGCACUCAAUCGACUCCUUAUGAUCGUAUGUUGCUUGUUCCAUCUCGUGAGACUUGCGGUACAAGCCGAACCGUCUCAUCGCAGUUAACUGGCAAGGCUACUGACAAUGGGAAAGGCUUCACCUGGGCUACAGGCGCAGGUUUUAUGGCCUCUGCUGG